GAUGAGGACGAGAGUGAAGAUGAGGAGGAUAGCUCUAGCGAGAGCGAGAGUGAGAGCGAGGGGGAGAAGAAGAAGAGGAGGAAGGGGAAGGUCGCUGCGGCUGCGGCUGCUGCGAAGAAGAGAAAGGAGAAGGAGAGGAAGGCGAAGGAGGCGAAGAGGAGUGCUAAGGCGAAGAAGGGGGGGAAGUCGAAGACGAGUGCGAAGAAGGCUGAGGAGAGCUCUAGUGAGGAGUCGGAGAGUGAUAGCGAGAGCGAGGAGUCUGAGGACAGCGAGUCGUCUGAGAGUGAGGUCCCGGUCAAGAAGUCUAAGAAGGUGAAGGGUAAGGCGAAGACGAAAGUGAGCAGGAAGACGAAGACGAAGAAGAGUAAGGGGAAGAAGGUGGUGGAGGUUUCGAGCGAGGAGUCUGAUUCGGAUUCUUCCGACUCGUCCUCCUCAUCCUCCUCGUCUUCAUCGUCUAGUGAUUCCGACUCUGACUCUUCAGUCGCGUCCAAGCGCCACAGCAAGACGAAGUCCAAGAAGUCCAAGAAGUCUAAGAAACAUGCAUCCGCGGCCAGCUCAACCCAAUCGUCGACCUCAGAAGAGACGUACGUCGAGACUGCAGCGACAACGCCCCUCGAGCCGCCGCCACCGGCCCCGGGACCAACCGCCGAUCAGAUACAAGAGCAGAUCAUCGUGCGGCAGAACGAGAUCGCGCAGCUGCUGAACAUGGCGGCCAGCAAAGCGGAAGCGAAGAAAGUGAAACAGAAACCGGAGUUCAAGCGCGUAGAUCAGAUUUGGGAUUCUAAGCUCCGUGACUACAAGUACACCGAGAGCGCGGAGGAAAAGAAAGACGAAAUCGAUAGUGUCUUCACGGUGCGACGGAAGUUCAACUGGGAGAAUAAGUAUCAGUACACGCUCGUCGACAUCAAGUCGCAUUUCCUUCGAGAUACGCUCCAGGUCAUUUUGAAGGAUGUAAAGGGGCAGUCUUUGGUGGAGGAUGCGCCUUCGAUUGACCCGCAUUUGCUCUUUCUCUAUUAUGACGAGAUCAAGACCUACUACCGGAAGACGCUCAAGAGACAACUCAAGAAAGAAAGGAAACGGAAACAGCAGAAGCGAAUUACCGAACAGAUUGCACACUGCAAGCUCCUCGCGAGUUACAUCGACCACGACUUCGCAAAGACAAGGAAGACGCUCACGCCGAUGCUCAAGGCCGGAAACAUCACAUUCGACCUGAUCUGGGCGCUCUUCAAGCCCAACACGGUCGCCUACACGCCAACGUACGGAAACAAGGACGACCCGCGCUGCUUCAAAGUCGACUACUGCUUCAAGGAGACCGACUUCAUGGACCAGGAGUGGUGGACCAUCGAGGGACGGUACCUGGAGUACGACGGGAAGAAGUUCGGGCUCGGAGACCACGCUGUGAGGAUCGAUCACUUCAAGGGGACGCGCAAGAUUGCGAGUCUGUCGGCGCUCCCUCUCGUGCACCACAAGAACGCGGAGACGCUACGCACGGAGCUGAUCGAGCGGGGCAAGAAGUUCGUUGCUCUUCAGGGCAUGAACUACAGGUUUCACAAGGGGCUUGCGUACCUGAAGAAGAAGCGGACGGUUGCGAAGAUCAAUAUCAAUGGUAGGGUGAUGGUGGAUCCGGCUAUCUUCCGUCGCAUCAACCCCAACUAUCCACUAUCGUAUCUGAAGCAUAAGGAAGAUGAGGGAGAAGAUCCCGAGGACGAGGAGGAAGAAUGCGGAUGCGAUGAGUCGGAUGACGAGGACUCGGACGACGAGCAGAGGAUGAAAAUCGUGGUAUACAGAGACCGCAAGGGGCAUCUACACGUUCUGAGCGUACCCGAUGACGAAGACGAGAACGACAUUCAGAGGCAGAAGCUCGAAGCGCUCGAGAACGCCGAAGACGGCUCACUGCACACGUUCACGCAAGAGGAGCUCCUCAUCGCGUCCCCCGUCGUCCUGGGCUUCGCCUUCUCCGAGAAACUCUGGCUCGAAUUCUCCCUCUCCGGCAUCGCGGAGAUCGAAUGGAACAGCGACGCCUUCGACUCGCUCGUCCUCCGCUCCGACAUCAAGCAGAACCUCAAAGGCCUCGUCUCCUCCCACCGCUUCAACGCCGCCAAGACAAUCGACGACGUGAUCCAAGGCAAAGGCAAAGGCCUCAACGUCGUCCUCCACGGCCCGCCCGGCGUCGGCAAGACCCUCACGGGCGAGUCCAUCGCCGACUUCCUACAGUGCCCCCUAUACGCCGUGUCGGCCGGCGAACUCGGCACCAACUCGCGCGCCCUGGAAUCCGACCUGCAGCGCAUAAUGGACAUAACGCACUCGUGGGGCGCGAUCCUGCUCCUCGAUGAAGCCGACGUGUUCCUCGAGCAGCGCCAGCCCCAGGACAUCCACCGCAACUCCCUCGUCUCCGUCUUCCUGCGCCUCACAGAGUACUACCAGGGCAUCAUGUUCAUGACGACCAACCGCGUCGCCACCUUCGAUGAGGCGUUCCAGAGCCGCAUCCACAUGGGCAUCAAGUACGAGAACCUGACCGGCAAGGCCCGCCGCGAGAUCUGGAUGCACCACGUGCACAAGAUCGAGAAACUGGAGGACCAGGAGAGUCUGCCGUUCAAGGACGUCGAUUUUGACGAGUUGAGCAAGAAGGUGCUGAAUGGGCGUCAGAUCAAAAACACAGUAAUAACAGCCCAAUCCAUCGCCCUCGCCGAGGAAACUCCCUUCUCCCUCUCCCACGUCAAGCGCGUCCUCAACGUCGCAGAGGACUUCGAAAACGACAUGCGCGGCGGGUCGGGCUACCGCGACGCGAUGAGGCAGUAUACGUGA